GCCAUGUGAAGUGCAUCCAGGAGGGCUGUCUAGAGCAAGGGUGAACUUUGAGUGCAGAGAGGAUGUGGAGCUCUAAGGAGGAACCUACAGGCUGUCCCUGUCUUUCAGCAAAUUGCAUCCAGUCUGAGCUUCACUUUGCAACCCUGAUUAGAAACCAGUUUGAUCACACUGGGUCUUUAAACCGUUUGUCUGUGGCUAGAGGUCACAACUUCAUCUUUGUUAAGAGCCCACUAUCUAGAACAUUUAUUUAAUGUUAGAGCUCAAAACACCCUACCUUCCCUCUCCCCAUCUUCUUUAGUGCCUUCAGUCUUUUUCAAACCCUAGCUCCAGCCUAAUAAGUAACACAUUAACUGGGUUUUCCUAUUUAUCUAUCCUCUCGCAUUACUUCUCUGAGUCAGAGCCUCUUCUCUCUAAGUCACUGGAACUGCCCUUGCUACUUGUGACCUGCCCUUGCUACUUGUGACCUGCCCUUUACUCAGCAGUUUUUGUUCUGCGAAGCCCUGGGAUUCUGCUAAUACCUAUCACUGUAGGUGCUGAAGGGAAACAGAUGAAGAACAUGACCUCAAGGAGCUUCCUGUCAAUGAGAAGACCAAGCUGACACCUGGCAAAGGUAAAUGCCGCCAUAACAAAAUAUUAAAGAGGAGCCUGAAACUGUUCCUUGGACAUCUUAUGAGUGUCAGAAAAUACCUUUUGGAGGGUUAGAAGAUCAGGGGACAUGGUUGUUCACAUUUGCUGCCACGGAACUCCGCCAGUCUUCACUUGGAAACAGAAUCACGCCUUGUGAAGAGAUCAUCCCUAAGCAGGAGAGAAGCUACUAAAGGAUUGUGUCCUCCUCCUCCUUCCCUGUGCUCGGUCUCCACCUGUCUCCCAUUCUGUGACGAUGGUUCAGUGGAAGAGACUCUGCCAGCCGUAUUACUUGUGGGCCCUGGGCUGCUAUAUGCUGCUGGCCACUGUGGCUCUGAAACUUUCUUUCAGGUUGAAGUGUGACUCUGACCAGUUGGGUCUGGAGUCCAGGGAAUCUCAAAGCCAGUACUGUAGGAAUAUCUUGUAUAAUUUCCUGAAACUGCCAGCAAAGAGGUCUAUCAACUGUUCAGGGGUCACCCGAGGGGACCAAGAGGCAGUGCUUCAGGCUAUUCUGAAUAACCUGGAGGUCAAGAAGAAGCGAGAGCCUUUCACAGACACCCACUACCUCUCCCUCACCAGAGACUGUGAGCACUUCAAGGCCGAAAGGAAGUUCAUACAGUUCCCACUGAGCAAAGAAGAGGUGGAGUUCCCUAUUGCAUACUCUAUGGUGAUUCAUGAGAAGAUUGAAAAUUUUGAAAGGCUACUGCGAGCUGUGUAUGCCCCUCAGAACAUAUACUGCGUCCAUGUGGAUGAGAAGUCCCCAGAAACUUUCAAAGAGGCAGUCAAAGCAAUUAUUUCUUGCUUCCCAAAUGUCUUCAUAGCCAGUAAGCUGGUUCGGGUGGUUUAUGCCUCCUGGUCCAGGGUGCAAGCUGACCUCAACUGCAUGGAAGACUUGCUCCAGAGCUCAGUGCCGUGGAAAUACUUGCUGAAUACAUGUGGGACGGACUUUCCUAUAAAGAGCAAUGCGGAGAUGGUCCAGGCUCUCAAGAUGUUGAAUGGGAGGAAUAGCAUGGAGUCAGAGGUACCUCCUAAGCACAAAGAAACCCGCUGGAAAUAUCACUUUGAGGUAGUGAGAGACACAUUACACCUAACCAACAAGAAGAAGGAUCCUCCCCCUUAUAAUUUAACUAUGUUUACAGGGAAUGCGUACAUUGUGGCUUCCCGAGAUUUUGUCCAACAUGUUUUGAAGAACCCUAAAUCCCAACAACUGAUUGAAUGGGUAAAAGACACCUAUAGCCCUGAUGAACACCUCUGGGCCACCCUUCAGCGUGCACGGUGGAUGCCUGGCUCUGUUCCCAACCACCCCAAGUACGACAUCUCAGACAUGACUUCUAUUGCCAGGCUGGUCAAGUGGCAGGGUCAUGAGGGAGACAUCGAUAAGGGUGCUCCUUAUGCUCCCUGCUCUGGAAUCCACCAGCGGGCUAUCUGCGUUUAUGGGGCUGGGGACUUGAAUUGGAUGCUUCAAAACCAUCACCUGUUGGCCAACAAGUUUGACCCAAAGGUAGAUGAUAAUGCUCUUCAGUGCUUAGAAGAGUACCUACGUUAUAAGGCCAUCUAUGGGACUGAACUUUGAGACACACUAUGAGAGCAUUGCUACCUGUGGGGCAAGAGCAUGUACAAACAUGCUCAGAACUUGCUGGGACAGUGUGGGUGGGAGACUAGGGCUUUGCAAUUCGUGGCAUCCUUUAGGAUAAGAGGGCUGCUAUUAGAGUGUGGGUAAGUAGAUCUUUUGCCUUGCAAAUUGCUGCCUGGGUGAAUGCUGCUUGUUCUCUCACCCCUAACCCUAGUAGUUCCUCCACUAACUUUCUCGCCAAGUGAGAAUGAGAACUGCUGUGAUAGGGAGAGUGAAGGGAGGGAUAUGUGGUAGGGCACUUGAUUUCAGUUGAAUGCCUGCUGGUAGCUUUUCCAUUCUGUGGAGCUGCUGUUCCUGAUAAUUCUAGGUUUGGUAGCGUGGAGGAGAACUUUGAUGGAAAGAGAACCUUCCCUUCUGUACUGUUGACUUAAAAAUAAAUAGCUCCUGAUUCAAAGUAUUACCUCUACUUUUUGCCUAGUAUGCCAGAAAUAAUAUAAAUAUAAACAGAUAAAGUGUGUGAGACUUUUUCUCAUAACUAUUCAUGACAUUUAAAAUCCCUAGGGGCUGGCAAGAGAGUUCUCAUUAUUCUGAAAUGGUCCUGACAAGCUGCAUGAAUAGCAAUUUGUUUUUGAGACAGAGUCUUGCUCUGUCACCCAGGCUGGACUGCAUUAGUGCAAUCUCAGUUCACUGCAACCUCCGCCUCCCGGGUUCAAGUGA